AUGUCCGCGUCGUUUGCACUGGACAUUGACGGGUCCGGUCGGUUCCGCGCACGCUCAUCGCCCGGAUCGGCUGCGCCGCGCUGCUCUCGACGGCCUCUCGAGCGGGCGCAGCGCACACGCGGCACGGCGAAGGAGGGCGCGAUACUCCACCGGUUCUUCGGCCGUCUGCCUCGGCGCACGACCCGCGGGGCACGCGCUCGCGCCGGGUGCGGCUCCUCGGCGACGUCGAGCGUGGUGCCCGACGGCUCAGGAGCCUUCUACCAUCAACCACUACCACGGCCGCCACCGUCGGCGCCUUCGCUCGAGCUCUCCGAGGCCGCGUUCUGA